AGCAGUAAGAUCACUUGGGUGAGGACAUCCCGUUAGCGAUGGGGUCAGAUGAUUCGAUCAUCUGGAUCUCCGUGCUUCCUUUUGGGUUUCAAACUGAAAAGGAAACAAAAGUGCCUCCAUAUUUAGAGAACAUGCAUGGAUAUCAGAGGAAGUCUAGAGAGACAAGCGACUGCUAUCCAGCGUAUUUAUGAAGGGAUCACACUCAAAUUUGAAUUGGAUUACUACUGGAGAAAGAGAAAGAAAAUUACACCUCAGCAUAUCUGCCACAAAACCGAUAAACAGUUGACAAGAGUGAGGCUCGCAGUAUAAAUGAGCGUCAGGCACUUUGUGCUCUUUUACUACCCUGACCACGGCACAAAACACCUCAUCCUCAUAAAAAUGAGACAUUUGUUGAGCAAAUAUCAAAUUCCUCUCUUCUGGUUUGUGAGGCCCAGUCUCAUAAACGUGUCCAUUUGACUUCAGUCCAUCUCCUGGGCAAAAAGCCAGAACUCAUCUAAAACUUUCAAAUGUACACAGCAUCAGAAAACUCGGACCUUUCAGAUAUCCCGACUCCGACUGAGAAAUCACAAAUACCGUAAGACGGACAGUAGCAGAGUGGAGAAGGCGGCUCAGCUUCCAGGAGUUCGGACUUGUUUAUGCAGCAAACGGCCAACGAUGUCCUGCGAGUAAAGCUGGAGAAGUAAAACCAGCUGCAUGAACACACAGGUGAGGAGGACGAGGAACACUAGAGGCCUGACCCUGCACUACUGCUGCCCGUCCUCUUCACCACUUCUACGGCUCAGUUUUUACUGACAUUAGACCUGCCGCCUCCUAUCACGCCCGUCAUCAACGCCACUCAGUAACAGCCGUGUUCAUAUAUCACGCAAAUAGUUUUUAAUUGUUACUUAUUAUGCUACGUUUUGCUUCUGAAUAAAUGGAUUUCUCCCUUGGGGAUCAUUAAAGUACUGCCUAGUGUUUGCUGUAUGUGGAGUUUGCAUGGCUUCCUUGUGCUCACAGGCUGCCAUCUGCCCCACCAAAGUUACCUUUGCUGUAGGACGUGUGUACACAACUCAUGACGUGCAGGCACGCUGCCCGAUUUGUGCUACCAAACAGAAAAGCUGGCUAGAGCUUAAAAAUUGUAAAGACUGGCCCGUCUUUGAUGGCAGCACAUUUAAGGUGAAGUCCGAGAGAACAGCAGCAGUUGACACCACUUCUUAGAACCUACUUGCACAUAAAAUGAAGCAAAGCUACUCGGUCAGAUAUGAAGUGGGACCGUCUCGAGUUUAGGCUAAAUGGCAAGUUUCUUUAGCCGCCAGUCCACUGGAAGACCCCAGAUGCUCCGUCAUGGUUUCCCCUGGUUCUUUGUAAAUGCCCAGCGAUACCGCUCGGCUCCUGCUCACUGAAAGGCCAAGAAUGAGGCCGUGUCCUUUGGUGAAUGAGCCGGUAACUUUCAAUUUCUUUUGGCUUCCACAACACCUACAGAACACACGUCAGGCGGUCAGCUGAAAAUACAACAUCGGGCACCUGCUCGGUUACUGACACAAUCUUGUAGCACAUCUGCCAUUUUACAAGUUCAAAUCUUCAAAGAAAAAGGCAGCAGCCGCCAUCUAAUAGAGUCGCCGUGUCAGUGCAGGCAGCCGCCAUAUAACAGAGGCGCCGCCCCGGGCUCUCGCUGCAUCCAAAGUGUUAACGCUCAUGCUGACCGCACUUGGCCCUGCGCUCCUUCCAAGUUUCGCUUUGGCUCUCCCCUGUCAAGUUUUUUCAAUGUUAUAAAUAGUGCUGUGUUUUGCUCACUGGAUCCUUUCACGCCAAAGCACAGGAGUCUCUUUCUCCCAGCCUCUCACCGCCAUUCACGGCAGAACGACUAGCACCAGGCAUGCAUAAAAUGAACUUGCUCUCACUUACUUUCUUUGCCCUAGUGGCAAUCGCUGCCUCCGGUCCUGGGCUAUGCCCUAGUCCCUGUCACUGCCACGGGGACCUACAGCAUGUCAUUUGUGACGACGUGGGUCUGAAGAAGGUCCCCAGAGUGUCGGACAACACCCGUCUACUAAACAUGCAACGGAAUAACUUGCCCGUCCUGCCUACGGGAGGCUUCGGCAGCAUGAAGGGGCUCGUCUCGCUUCAUCUGCAGCACUGCCACGUCAAGGAGAUCUCAGGACAGGCUUUCAAGGGACUGAAAAAGCUUGUGUACCUCUACCUGUCGAACAACGAGAUCAGCGUCAUCAAACCUGGGGCCUUCGAAGACUUGACGGAACUGACUUAUCUCUACUUGGACAACAACCGCAUUCCUGACCUUCCCAAAGGCAUUUUCACCCCCUUAGCAAAUCUGUUCAUCCUGCAGCUCAGCGAUAACAAGCUCCGAGAGCUCCGACCGGGCACCUUUAGUGGGGCAAAGGACCUGCGUUGGCUUCACCUGAGUGGCAACGAGCUGACCUCCAUCCAACCUUCGGCACUAGAUGAAGUGGAGAACCUUGCCAUUCUCCACCUCGACCGUAACCGGCUCAGCUCCUACCCUGCCUCACCGAUGAGCAAGCUUCGUGUAGUCGAGGAGCUCAGUUUGUCAAAGAACCCCAUGAAGGUGAUCCCAGAUGAAGCUUUCCAGUCUUUUGGAAGGUACAUGGAGAAGCUCUACAUGGACAACAUGGGCUUGGAGAGGUUUUCAGAAGGUGCAUUCAAUGGAGUGACGGCUCUCAAGUGUCUACACAUAGAAAACAACAAGCUGAGCUCCCUACCCAGCAGUCUGUCAUUUGCCACCGUAGAGAACAUAACCCUGUCCAACAACAACUGGAUGUGCAACUGCCAGCUGGCACCCCUGCGCAGGUGGAUGGACUCAAGUAGACUUCGCCCAGAUGCCACAUGUGCUUCGCCAUCACAGUACAGAGGACAACAAAUCCGAGAGAGCGCCGCCUUCAGCAGUUGCAGACAGAAGUCAAAGAGGGACAAGAAGGGGACACGCCAUUAAUGAGGAUGAGAUCAAAACGAAGCAAAGUCCACCCAGUGGUCAGCUCUCUGAAUGAGGAAGGAAGAAAGGAAGGAAGGAUAUCCACCUCCACCAUUCCACCUGUCCACCAAACGCACCCCUGGGGUUUCCUUUUUGCUCCCACUCUCUCUAGCCCUCAUCAAAAUCACAGUUGAAACCUUCGCCACUGGAGUCGCACAGUUAACGUCCCAAUGGGAUUUUCCCUCAAAGCCGUCUGUGGCGCGCCUCAUCAGGAGUCAUCCGAGGUGGGCCGCGUCCCUGCUAGUGCUCUCCUCCAUCUUGUAUCGGACCUCGUAUGGUAAGUUGCUGCCCUCUGACUUGGAGCAAACGCACAAGUUUUCAUUCUGAAUGUGGAUAAAACCCUGAGUAGUCUGUUACAGCCGGAGGGGAUGGAGAACUGCUCCAGCCAGGACUCGCCAUUGUUCUUGUUAUAUCAGUUGCAAUGGCGCGGAGGCGGCACACAAGGCUGCUCGUUACUUCUCCGUGCUACACGGAGAAUGCGGCCAUCCAGUAAGGUCACCCCUCAGACAUCCUUUUUCGAAAGCGUCAAGUGGUCUCUUUUACUGGCACAAAGCCAAAGUGUUGCCUCACCCAUCACAAGAACCCGUGUGCUUCGUGUUGGUCUUUUCUGGCCAGGACUUCAAUUAUUUCAAAAAGUCACUGAUCGAAAACGAAAAAAAAAUGACAUUUACAGGGACCCACCAGUCAAUUGUUUUCAUAAUUCUCUGUCAGCGAUUUCAAUAUUAUUUAAAAAGUCAUUUCAAAAGCAAAAGAAUCAAAAAGUCGGUAAGAAUGACCAUGGAAAGGAAAAAAAAAAGACAACAAAUGGCCCAACGCAGACUAGCUGCCGACUGCUGACGGUGAACAGGGCUGUGGCACAAAACACACCAGCUUCUGACUUUCACUUGCGUAACUAGCAGUCCGUGUUUAAAUAAAGCAACUGUGAAAGUAGAACAACUUUACCGUCAGACCCUUCAACAAGCACCCAGAUUUGCACUUUCCUGGCUCUAGAUAGCAAGGACAACAAAACACACAAAGACGUGUCCGAAAAAUGCGACCGUGGUUACGUUAAACAUAAAAUAGUAUAAAACAAAAAAGGGACAAAAAUUAUAAUCUAGAUACCUAAAAAUGCACACAUGCAAAAAUUGGUUUGAACAUUCAAAAGGUCCAACAAAAUGUACCGAGUAAUAAAAAAAAAAAAAAAGACAAAGUGCUGGAAGUGACACACCAGAGGAGGACGAGACUGACAAACAACAAUUAGUAUAAAAAUGGCUCUGGCGGCUCACCUAAAGGCUCUCCCCUUCAGCAAAGCACAUUUUGUGGCCUUUGGUCCGACUCUCUAGCGUCGCUCCACAUCUCCUAUUCACUGCCUCCUCUAGUUUAAAGGGGCACAGACAAGACAGACAGUGCCAGGGCCCUCAGCCAACUGUGGCCCAGCAGCAAAAGCAGAUGUCACCGAGAGCAUGGAUGGCUCACUAACCAAACAGGAGUACUCGGGAACACACAAGCUGAACUUGCGAUUCAGAUCAAGUGCUCGCCGGGUCUCUUUUUGAGGACUUGCUGGCUGUCACUUUUCUCGGAGAGGUCCAGUCAUUGCUGUGCCCCUGAAUACAUCAACAGCAUGGUCAGCUUGUGUUGCUCACCAUAACCACACAAAUCCUAAAUUCACUUACUAUCGGAGAUUGGCAGAUAAUCACCAUUAAACUGUGAAGCUUAUCAGAUACGGGGCACCUGGUUCUCUCUGAACGCAGGAUGGGAGUACAAGUUGUUUGGUCUCCAUUUUAGUUCCUUAAGUAAUCCUUAUGGGCAAUGCCUAGUUUAAAGGUCAAGCUAACUCAAGAUGCCAGUCCCUGACCAACGCAGUUCCCGACAGUAGUUUUGUGUUGCGGAUCACACCCCUUGACAUAUUCCAAACUGUGAAAUGUAUGCCUAAGAAGUUUACCACUGCCUGCAUCCUGGCAUUGAGGACUCUCAUUGAGCACAACUGCGAAUAUCAGCAGAGUUUCUUUUGUAGCCUUCGUCGAUUUUCACAAAGCAUUCGACUACGUUGAUCGAGCUGCCCCGUUGGACAUCCGGAGACUUUGCGAGAUUCCCCCUCGAAGUUGCUGGAUAUCAUGGCCGGGCUGCGCAGUGGUACUGCGAGUGCUGGGCAGAGUGGUGGCAGACCCUCGGUGUUUUUCUUGGGUUCAUCAGCGGUGUGUUCUGCUCCUACUCUGUUCAAUGCUUGUAUGGACUGGGUGUUGUGCAGGGUCGUGGGGUCCAGCGGCUGGGGGGCAUUUGUUGGUGAAGAGACAUUCACUCAUGUCACAGAGGCAUUGGAGGCUCUGAUGGGGGUCUCAAGAAACGGAGCGAGGAGUCCGAGUGUCUGGGCUUGUGAGGGUCCUGAUAAA